AUGAAAUACGUAGGUAUUCUUAUUUGGGCCGCAACUGCUUGCUCUGGGCAUUCCAUAGAAAAUGAAGUUGUGGGAGAGCCCACAGUUGACUGCGAAGAAUCUCUUGUGGGUUUGACUUUCAAGACGAAAAAACCCUUCUCCGGCCGAGUUUACGUGCAUGGAAUGGCAGGAGAUGAAAAAUGCAGCAAAGCAUUUUUGAAAAAUAGGAAUCAGAGCAGACUAUCCAUGCGUUUCAAGAACGGCGACUGCACAAUGCAAAGGCAGAGGGUUACUGGUAAAGUUCAGAUCGAUGUUGACGGUUGUGCCAUCGACCCGACCAUUCAACCAGAUGUGCUCUAUGAGGACGGCAAGGCAAUCGUAGAGGUGUUUGGGUACAAGUUUAGCGACGCAACUGUGCUGAACUAUGAAUGUAUUCUGGAGAUCUGUCGUUCACCUUUUGAGUGCGAAGGUCUCAGUCCUCCAGCAUGUAGCAUGGAUCAAACUAACACCGCUUCCGAUAUUGAAAGAGUCAGACGGUCACGAGCGAUAGUGCAAGAACUGGGACAUAAAAGAGGGCAAAUCGAGGUAGCGGCCACUCUCACUAUGGAAGACAGUGUAAAUGCAAGCACUGUCACAUCAGGCAAUGCUUUAUCAUACCUGGAAGACCCACAGGUAGCUAAUGAUGUAUAUGAGAUAGUGAAAAUCUUGCGUAAAUUUCUGCUCUGA